AUGGGUCGCAUCGUGGAUAAGUGUGGUCUGGACAUAAAGAGGAGACCCUUGAGUGUGAAAGCCUUCGCGUCCUAUUUAGGAAAAUAUGAAGGUGGAGUUGGUGUGUGGUUGUUGACAGUGGCUACGCUAAAGGUCUCGACACCAAAAGGAGCUACUAGGUCAACUUGCGUCUACCAGAAGGUCAACUUGCGUCUACCAGAAGGUCAACUUGCGUCUACCAGAAGGUCAACUUGCGUCUACCAGAAGGUCAACUUGCGUCUACCAGAAGGUCAACUUGCGUCUACCAGAAGGUCAACUUGCGUCUACCAGGUCAACCGCGUCUACCAGAAGGUCAACCGCGUCUACCAGAAGGUCAACCACACAUUUAAGAAAAAAAAUUGUUCCCUUGACGCAGAGAGGGACGCUGACUUUGACGCAGAGGGGGACGCUGACUUUGACGCAGAGAGGGACGCUGACUUUGACGCAGAGGGGGACGCUGCCUUUGACGCAGAGGGGGACGCUGCCUUUGACGCAGAGGGGGACGCUGCCUUUGACGCAGAAGGGGACGCUGCCUUUGACGCAGAGGGGGACGCUGCCUUUGACGCAGAGGGGGACGCUGCCUUUGACGCAGAGGGGGACGCUGCCUUUGACGCAGAGGGGGACGCUGACUUUGACGCAGAGGGGGACGCUGACUUUGACGCAGAGGGGGACGCUGACUUUGACGCAGAGGGGGACGCUGACUUUGACGCAGAGGGGGACGCUGACUUUGACGCAGAGGGGGACGCUGACUUUGACGCAGAGGGGGACGCUGACUUUGACGCAGAGAGGGACGCUGACUUUGACGCAGAGGGGGACGCUGACUUUGACGCAGAGGGGGACGCUGACUUUGACGCAGAGGGGGACGCUGACUUUGACGCAGAGGGGGACGCUGACUUUGACGCAGAGGGGGACGCUGACUUUGACGCAGAGAGGGACGCUGACUUUGACGCAGAGAGGGACGCUGACUUUGACGCAGAGAGGGACGCUGGCUUUGACGCAGAGAGGGACGCUGACUUUGACGCAGAGAAGGACGCUGACUUUGACGCAGAGGGGGACGCUGACUUUGACGCAGAGGGGGACGCUGACUUUGACGCAGAGGGGGACGCUGACUUUGACGCAGAGAGGGACGCUGACUUUGACACCCACGACCACCACUCCCACGACCACCACUCCCACGACCACCACUCCCACGACCAGACCCACGACCACCACUCCCACGACCAGACCCACGACCACCACUCCCACGACCACCACUCCCACGACCAGACCCACGACCACCACUCCCACGACCACCACUCCCACUCCCACACCCACGACCAGACCCACGACCACACCUCCCACGACCACACCUCCCACGACCACCACUCCCACGACCAGACCCACGACCACACCUCCCACGACCACACCUCCCACGACCAGACCCACGACCACACCUCCCACGACCAGACCCACGACCACACCUCCCACGACCAGACCCACGACCACACCUCCCACGACCACCACUCCCACGCGGACAUCCCUAAUUCUACUGUGAAAUAA